CUUACAAAAGACCUUUUUUGAUGGUAAAACUGCAUUCAAGCAAAGUAACGUUAAAUGAGAUUUUUUUUCAUGCUGUGUUGCUGGAGAUGGAUCGCAGCAAACGCGGACAUAAACGCGAUAUUAAAUAUAGUUGAAAACCGCUAUUAAAAAUAAUUAUUUAUUUUCCGAGCUAAUAAAGAGAAAAUGCUGCUGUUGGUAAACAAUCCGUUUCCAUGGCAAUUGGAACAAGACGCGUCACUGUUUCAUGACGUCACAGACCCAGUCAGUAUAAAAGGUCUCGCCCUGGCAGAAUCUUUUUAGUUGAGUGAUGUUCGCAACAGAGACGUUCGUUUGAGUGAAGUCUGCGAAAACAAACCUAGCAACACUUGUACAAACGCCAGUCCGUAUAGAUCGAGAUAUAUUUAAUCUGUACAGACCGUGUAUCAGAUAACAUUACAGUUCAAACUGACAUUACCAGAUACAGAUUACUUAUCUGUCAGUAUGAGAACCACAGACACAAUAUCCACAGACGUGAGAGAGGUGCUUCUGGAGGUUUACGUCAAUGACGCCUUCUACUUCGGUGACAACUACUGGGCAUCAGAUGAUAAAGAUGUGCAGCUGGAGUUUGAGAUCACCGAUGACAUCUACGACCUUAUCAGCGGCAGUGCAUCUCGAGAGUUAGAUGUGCAGCUGGAGGUUGUGACAGUGGAUCAUGUCUCAGGCAGAUACUCUUGUCCAGGAGAGAUGCGUGUGCAGUUGGAGGUUAAUGCUAGUGACAACAUCUCAGUCUGUGAAGUGAAAGAUUUGCAGCUGGAGAUGAACCGGAAUGACAGCAUCUCGGAGCUGAAGAGUCCUACACUGGUCUCUGAAGAUCUGAGCGACCCAGCAGGACCUUCAGUGGAAGAGGCCAAUGAUCAGGGUGGCCUGGAUGCUGAGAACAGUCCAACAGGACUCACUGUUGGGGAGAUAACCAGGAAAAUGGGGGCAAUCUUCCAGCAAAUUUGUGCAGUUUUCCAGACAAAAAUGCCAGAAACUGUUGGGCAACCUGAAGUGGAUCUUCCCGAUCCAAAGGAAUCGUUUGUUCCAGAUCCAAGUGCUCUCAAGCCAGAACCUGAAAUGGAUCUGUUAGAUACCGAGCAAUCGUAUAUCCCUGAACCUGAAGUGGAUCUUGUUGUUCCUUCUGAACCUAAACUGGAUCUGGUUGAUCCAGAGGAAUCAUGUGCCAGCCCAAAAGAAACUACCAAAGCCAUGAAGAAUAAGAAAUUUCUUGGCUUCGUUGUAACUAAGAGAGUAGAAUAUGCUACAGUGAGGAAUACGAAAAAAACCUUCCUCCAGAACGACAGAUCGAACUCCGCAUGGCCUGAGAUGGAUCUGAAUGUUCGUGAACCAAAACCUAUUGAGGAUUUGGUUGCUCCUCCUAAAUGGGAUCUGGUUGAUGCAGUGGAACUGUACACCCGGAGUCCUAGCGUUCCUGAGCCGGAAUCUGAGGAGGAUCUGGAUGAUCCUCUUGAACGUGAAUGGGAUAAAGACUCGAUGGAAUUAUAUGCCCCGGGUUCAAGUGUCCCUGAGCCAGACCCUGAAGAGGAUCUGGUUGAUUUAGUGAAAUUAUACCUCCCGGGUCCAAGCGUUCUCAAGCCACGACCUGAAUGGGAUCUGGCUACUCCAGUGGAUUUGGGUGCACUGAGUCCAAGCGUUCUUGAGCCAGAGUCUACAGUGUUAUCUGAACUUGCAAAUUUGGAAAACUACGUCCCUUUAACCAUGCUCCAACUAGAGGAUCGUUUGAAGCAGUGUACACUGCUCAAACAAAGACAUGUCACCAAUGUCUGGCCCAGGGUCUUCAUCGGAGACGAAGAGGCUGCAACAGACCGAGAUAUGCUGCAGGAGAUGUGCAUCACUCACAUUCUGAACGCUGCAGCGCCCAAAAAGGACUUGAACUACUUCUUGGGAACAUCUUAUGUUGAAGAUCUAGAAGGAACAGUCAAUACAGGGUCCAGAUAUUACAGAGGCUUGCACAUCAAUUAUUACAGCUUGCCUACAACGGACAGACACUGCUCUGACAUCAGCAAGUGCUUCAUGCCAGCUGCAAAAUUCAUUGACAAGGCCGUGAAUAAGCCAGGGAGUAAGGUGUUGAUUUGCUGCAAGCAGGGUGUCGACCACUCUGCCACUCUGUUUCUGGCAUAUCUGAUGAUCUGCCAUGACAUGAUGGUGGAGGAUGCCAUUGAUGACGUCAUAAAGUCGAGACGCAUCCAGCCCUCCAGAGACUUCCUGAAGGAUCUGAUGCUCCUCAAUGCUGACCUUGUGAACAAGCGAAAACUAAAGCUAGAGGACAUAAAAAAAGGCAAAAAGGGGAGAAAAUGGCAGCUAAAAAAAAAGUGUAGAAAUAUACUAAAAGAUAUAAAAGAAAAUGUGCACAUAUAGAAAUGUCAAUAAAAUGAAUGGAUAAUGUCCUGAUAACGA